AUGACAGCGAAGCAACAGGAAUCAGGUAGUGAGGAAAUGACUCCAGAUGACAUGACUCAUGUAUGGAAUGCAUUGAAGAAGAUGAAGAUAAGACCAGAGAAUUUCUUAGCUUGGGCAGCUUCAAAUUCCAGUACUGGUCUUCAACCUGAACCACAGAGUGGAACAAAGCAGAAGUCAGACUCUGAAGCUGGAUACCUCAAACCUCAACCCCGGAUUUCCAUAUUCUCAGGAGACAGGAAAUCUGAUGUCUCAUAUGAUUUGUGGAAAUAUGAAGUAACCUGUCUGAUGAAGGAAUCUAAGAGUGAAGAGACAGUACUUCAGACCAUUCGCCGUUCUGUCAGAGGUGAAGCAGCGAAUGUGAUCAUGAGACUAGGAGUAAGUGCAUCCAUUGAUGAGGUUCUCCAUAAAAUGGAUAGUAUAUAUGGAAAUGUCUUGGAAAAGGAAGAUGUUUUAGCUGAAUUUUAUAGUGCAAGACAGAAGGACGAUGAAUCUUGUUCAGCUUGGAGUUGCCGCUUGGAAGAAACUCUGAAUACUGCUGUGAAGUUGGGAAAAGUACUUCCUCGUAACACCAACGAGAUGCUGAAAACCAUGUUCUACAAAGGAAUGAGACGAGAACUUAAGGAUCUUUGUGGAUACUUGUACCAUUCCAUCCAUGACUUUGAUUUAUUUAGAGUUGAGGUGAGGAAGAUAGAGAUGGAACACCCAGCAAAGACCACUGCAGACAAACCCAAGCAGGCCUUAGCUAAGGGAGCUACAGUUUCCAAGACUGACACAUCUGUUGAUGAAAAGUUUGAGGAACUGCAGUGCUCCCAGACCCACGAAUCCACAAUGGAAGCAACAAUCUGA